AUGAGGAACAAUAUGGGUGAUACAGUGAAGGCCUCGUGGUACCAACCAUUGAGUCCACUGACAAACUCGGCCAUCGCGGCAGAGCUAAGUCAUAGCAUCUUUAGUAGUGAGACAAUCUUCACUCUUGGUACCCAGUACUCUCCAUUCCCCCUCACACUGAUGAAAGCUCGUAUGAGCAGCAACGGCAAGCUUGGUGCCCUUGUCCGGCAGGAGUUGGUGCCUUCAGUCUACUUGACCAUAGCUGGAGAUGUGGAUGUGAGGACUGAGGCAAGAAGUGCUAAGCUUGGUCUGUCUCUGGCCAUUAAGCCUUGA